AUCAGCCAUGCCUAUGUCUUCCGCGCAGUCCUCCCCUGGUGAAGAGGUAGUUAUUUCAGGGCUUGCAGGCUGUUUUCCUGAAUCACAAAAUGUCUACCAGUUAAGAGAUAAUCUGUUUAACAAAGUGGACAUGGUGACUGAGGAUGACCAACGCUGGAAAUUUGAACACCAUCAGCUUCCCAAGUGGGCAGGAAAGUUGCCCAAUAUUACGAAGUUUGAUGCAUCAUUUUUUGGGAUUAACUACAAACAGGCACACGUUUUGGACCCACUUUCUCGUUUGAUGAUGGAAAGGACGUAUGAGGCUAUUGUGGAUGCAGGUGUCAACCCUCAACACCUAAAGGGACAGAAAGUUGGGGUGUUUGUAGGAGCGUGCUUCAGUGAGACAGAAAAAUUUUGGUACUUUGAGAAGCCACAUGAAAAUGGACAUGGCCUCACAGGUUGUAUUCGAGCUAUGUAUGCCAACCAAAUUUCCCACUGGCUAGGCAUCACAGGACCGAGUUAUGCAGUGGAUUCAGCAUGUUCAUCCAGUUCAUAUGCGUUUGAGCAGGCAUAUAGAGCCAUUCUCAAUGGAUCUUGUGACUCUGCUAUUGUGGCCAGUGCCCAACUUUGUCUUCAUCCGUACCUGUCUCUUUUCUUUUUUCAAAUCGGUGUGUUAAGCCAUCAAGGCAGGUGCAAAGUCUUUGAUAAUGAUGCUGAUGGCUAUGCACGGAGUGAGGCUGCUUGUGUGAUGUUUCUGCAGAAGACUCGCGAUGCAAAACGUAUAUAUGCCACAGUGGUGCAUGCAAAGAAUAACAGCGAUGGCUUUACGGAUGAGGGUAUCUUACACCCCUCCAGACAUGCGCAGAAAUUGUUGCUAGAACAGUGUUACCAGGAGUGUGGCAUUGAUCCCAGUGCAGUAAAAUACAUUGAAGCACAUGGAACUGGAACCAGAGUAUGUAUUUUCAAGUUUUAUUUUCCUGCACACAGUCAGAAAUUAAGUGCUGAUAAAAUUAACAUCUUUUUGGCCUUGGUUAGAGUGUCAGAUGGUUACAACUUUGUUUUGGCAUAGAUUUGGG